AUGAGCGACGAGGAGAGACCACCAAAAAAGGCAGCGCCGCCGGCGGAACCGCGCGAUGACCAAGACGUACUUGAGAUUCGAUCUGUUGAUCGCAUCCCGGAAAGCUCACCCGGCUUGGAUCUUGAACAUGAACCACGACAGCACCUGACAGGAGAAACAAGCUCCGCGGCCUCGCAACCGAAUCCCGUGCUAGAUGCAACCCAACCAGCCCGACCCGAAGUGAAAGCGGACACAACAGUAGGAGGAUUCGACGUGGAACUCUUCACUAGCAUCGUGGGAGAGCAGCUGCCGGUUGACUCGAUCAAGGCAAUUCAGUCGGCGGCUUCAAACAAUAUCGAGCAAGCUGUUAACGUAUACUUUGAUGGUUCGUGGAAGAAGCCUGCGCGGACCUAUCGCGGACUCACCACCACCACUGGUCGACCAAGCACCCCGCGAGUAAUUCCAGCGCCUCAAAGACCAACAGAGACUCAGUCAGUUCUCCAAAAACACCCGGAUACUAGAUACGUGGGCGCGUUCGGCGUCGGAGGAUGGUCGACCAGGAGUGGACCUGCCAUUCUCAAGCAUGGGGACCCUAUCAAAAUUGAACGCGCACGCUCGCAGCCUACUAUGAAGCGGGGCCGAGGGGGCAAAUCAUUCGUCAAUCAAAAAAGCGAUGUUUUGACCCGAUUUACAAAUAGCUCGGGCCAGGAAAUCGGACGGCUGCCCCAUGAGACUGCCGAAUGGGUCUCUACGCUGAUAGACCAGAAAAUCUGCCGAUUCGAAGGAGUUUGUGUAUUUGUACCUGACAGGGUACGUGUGAAUGACACUAUAUACUUGCAACUUCGAGUCUUCCUACGAAAAGAAGCAUUCCAGCAUGGUGCCUUUGCCGCCUUGAACAAGGAUGAUAACAGAUCUACUGGGCUUUUUGAGGAAAAGGAAAACACAGAGGAGAAAAACCUCCGACUACGUCAAGUCUCUCUUGUAAAAUUGUUCCACGAAAUCAACCUCCAGCCCACAUCUACGAACCCAACCACCGAGAAGCACAAGCGGGAUGGUAUCUUGCGUGCUGCUGAAAUCGCAGAGCAAUACGAUGGCGCGAAGAAGGCGGCGAAUGCAAAGUCGGCCAAAGAUCCAGAUAAUUCAUCUGAUGAAAACGACACCGAAGAGCUGGAAGAGGACCAGCUUGAUACCCUGUACCAAAAGGCCCAAUCAUUUGAUUUCAAUAUGCCUGGAGCCGAUCCAGCCCCUAGCUUCAAACUUGACCUCCGGAAAUACCAACAACAAGCCCUCCACUGGAUGUUGUCUAAAGAAAAAGAUGCCAAGAAAGAUCGAGAUCGAUCAAUGCACCCCUUGUGGGAGGAGUACACAUGGCCCACAAAAGAUGUUGAUGAACAGGAUUUGCCCAAAGCUCAGGGCAUCGACCAUUUCUAUGUCAACCCCUACUCUGGAGACCUCAGCAUCGAUUUCCCUGCUCAGGAGCAACGCUGCCAGGGCGGUAUCCUAGCCGAUGAGAUGGGUCUAGGUAAAACCAUCGAGAUGCUCAGUUUGGUGCAUUCACAUGCAACAGAGCCUGAUCCACAGGUCUCAAAUGGCGUCACUUCAGUCAAUGAUCUUGCUAGGAUGCCAAACUCCGCUGGAGUAGUCCCCGCGCCAUACACUACGCUAGUUGUCGCACCUACAUCCCUGAUCUCUCAGUGGGAAAGCGAAGCUCUCAAGGCGGGUACUCUAAGAGUUCUAGUAUAUUAUGGGUCAGACAAGGCCAUUAAUCUGAGAGACCAAUGCUGUGAAUCAAAAUAUGCAACAGCCCCUCAGGUAAUCGUCACCAGCUAUGGUGUUGUGUUGUCGGAAUUCCGCCAGCACAUACUCCAGUCUGCUCUCGGUCCUACCACGAACGGUGGUCUUUUCUCGGUGGAAUUCUUCCGAAUCAUUUUGGAUGAAGCUCACGUAAUAAAAAACCGACGUUCCAAGUCAGCCAAGGCUUGCUGUGAGCUAAAGGCAGCGCACCGAUGGGCAUUGACCGGAACACCUAUUGUCAACCGUCUCGAGGAUCUGUUCAGCCUGGUUCGUUUCCUAAGGGUCGAGCCCUGGAGCAAUUUCUCUUUCUGGAAAACAUUCAUCACUGUGCCAUUCGAAUCCAAGGAAUAUGUGCGUGCGUUAAAUGUUGUACAGAGUGUGCUUGAACCUUUGGUGCUUCGACGUACUAAAUCAAUGAAAACCCCCGAAGGCGAGCCAUUGGUCCCACUACCGAAAAAGACAGUCAUCAUCGAAGAGGUGGAGUUGCCGAAGGCAGAACGAGAAAUCUACGACUGCAUUUUCACACGAGCGAAACGGACCUACAAUGACAACGUCGAGGCUGGCACACUUUUGCAGUCUUAUAGCACUAUUUUCGCUCAAAUUCUGCGACUUCGUCAAACAUGCUGCCAUCCGGUAAUGACGCGCAAUAAGGCUGUAGUCGCGGACGAGGAGAAUGCGGCGGCAACAGCAGAUGCAAGCAAUGAGUUCAAGGAUGAUAUGGAUCUUCAAGAAUUGAUCAGUCAGUUCACAACUGAGAACGCAAAUGCCGAUUCUCAAGAUCGCCCGGGAACGAUGGUCAAGUUCACAGCUCAUGCCCUUCGCCAAAUCCAAACAGAAUCCAGCGGCGAGUGCCCUAUCUGCUGUGAAGAACCCAUGGUUGAUCCCGCAGUCACGGCAUGCUGGCAUAGUGCCUGCAAGAAGUGUCUCGAAGACUUCCUACAGCACCAAAUGAACAAGGGCACUGAGGCACGGUGUUUCAACUGUCGUGCACCGGUUGAGGCAAAGAACACCUUCGAGGUUGUCCGACAUCCCUCCUCUCACACACUGCCCCUCGACGAAGACAUCGAGACCGGUACCCCACCAACAAACUCACAGCCCGCACCUAAAAUCUCACUCCGUCGUAUAUACCCCCUCUCCCCUUCAGCGCACACAUCCGCCAAGAUUCAUGCCCUGAUUUCCCAUCUGGGUCGCAUUCCCCCAAACACCAAAUCCGUCGUUUUCUCCCAAUUCACCUCCUUCCUCGAUCUCAUCGGCCCUCAGCUUUCCAGAGUCGGAAUCAAUCACCUCCGCCUCGAUGGCUCAAUGCCGCAAAAGGCUCGCGCGGCAGUCUUGGCAGAGUUUACAAAAACAGAGAGCUACGCCGACGACAUCAUCGACGAGGAUGCUCCAAUUAAAGGAACUACCAACAUUGAUCCCGAGUCCUCAACGCCUGCUCCAACAGUUCUCCUUAUCUCACUCCGCGCUGGCGGCGUAGGCCUAAACCUCACAACCGCAAGCAAUGUCUUUGUCAUGGACCCAUGGUGGAGUUUCGCCAUCGAAGCGCAGGCCAUUGACCGCGUCCACCGAAUGGGACAGACUCGCGAUGUCAAUGUUACGCGGUUCGUGGUCAAGGAUUCCAUCGAGGGCCGCAUGCUGCGUGUGCAAGAGCGCAAGAUGAACAUUGCCGGUUCGCUGGGGUUGAAGAUCGGUGGCGACGAUGGUGAUGAUGAUAAGGGCAAGGAGAAACUUGCCGAGUUGAAAAUGUUGUUCGAGUAG